AGGCUAAACCUCCUUCCCAAUCUGUUCUCCUGCCCUGAGAGCGCAGUUGUCAGUUGACUAAUCCUGCUCUCUUGAACACUCUCAAGGACAUUGUCCAAAACUGAAGCCAAGCAUCAGGAGAGGUUCCAUUCCUAGCCAUGGGGGAUCUUGAUACACAAAAUGUCGAAGAGGAAAUUGAUUUUGAAGUAUCAGCCACAAACACAGGUCCGAAAGGGGUUAUCCAUGACUGGAGGAAAUUCAAAUUAAUAAGUGAAGACCAGGAAUCAAUACCUCCAAGCAAAAAAGAAAUCCUACGGCAAAUGUCUUCUCCAUCCAGCAAAGAAGAAAAAGACACAAAGGAAAAAUUAAGUCGUAAGAUGAGCAUGCAAGAAUAUGAAUUAAUUAAUGACAAGGAGGAUGAACAGUGCCUAAAGAAAUACCGCAAACAGUGCAUGCAUGACAUGCAUCAGAGAUUGAGUUUUGGCCCCAAAUAUAGUUACUUGGUGGAGCUUAAGAGUGGGGAUGAAUUCUUAGAGGAAAUUGAGAAGGAGCAUAAAACUACUACAGUCAUAGUUCAUAUUUUUGCAGAUGACAUUAAAGGCUGUGAGGCCCUCAAUAAUUGUUUAACAUGUCUUGCUUUAGAGUACCCAACAGUGAAGUUCUGUAAGAUCAAAGCAGCUGAUACAGGGGCUGGAGAAAGGUUCUCCAGUGAUGUUCUACCCACCUUGUUAGUUUACAAGGCAGGUGAACUCAUAAGCAACUUCAUCAGCGUUACAGAGAAUUUAAAUGAUGAGUUUUUUGCAGUGGAUGUAGAAUCGUUUCUCAAUGAAUAUGGCCUUCUGCCUGAAAGAGACACACAAGGCAUAGUAGGUGAUAAUGGGGAAGGAGAUAUUGAAUAGCUUAAACAUUGACAACAGACCAGCCGGUAUUAGACAGUCACUGUAAAGUUUCAAGUUUUAAAGUUGAAUGUUAAAACCAUAGAGAACCUUUCAGAAGUGGCAGUUCGAUG